AUGGCACUGUACCGUUGUUGUGGUUCUGAGUCGUGAAAAAAGUGGAACUUUUUAACUUUUUCGAACCUUUUUCGUAAUAAAGAUAAGGCGAUAAGGGCAAAUUAGAGUCAUUGGCAACUCCCGCCGUCGUUCCCGUUUGAAAAAACAGCUGGUAGCCGGAAGUUUUUACAAAAGAGAACGGAAUAUCCGAAAUAAUCCGAAAAAAUGAUGGAAGAAGUGACUCCAAGAUCGAACGAACAUUGGAAGCGGGCUUAUCUAGGACCGCUUCCCGAUGAAUUUCUGCGUGUUACGACCGCCCAAGACAUCCAGGAGGUGACCGACAGACAAGCUGCCUUGGCCCUGCAGAGCCACCAUAAUUCAUGUGCACCAUACAUGGCUCCCAACAUCGUCGGACGUUUGAGCAUUACCAUAGCGCAGGCCAAACUGGUGAAGAACUAUGGCAUUACCCGAAUGGAUCCGUACGUGCGGCUCCGUGUUGGCCACUUUGUCUAUGAAACGCAAACAUGCGCCAACGGUGGAAGAAACCCUCGUUGGAACCGGGUCAUCCACUGUCAGCUACCGGCCGGUGUAGAGAUUAUUGCCAUCGAGAUUUACGACGAGUGCAACUUUUCGAUGGACGAGCUGAUCGCCUGGACCGAAAUUCGCAUUCCACAGUCAGUACUACGUGGCGAGACACACGAAGAAUGGUAUUCGCUGAGCGGAAAGCAAGGCGAUGGUCUUGAGGGGAGCAUAGACAUGGUGCUAAGUUUUAACAACGUUAUCGUUCAGCCGCGAAUGAUACAAGCUACUAACGCGCCAGUGAUGUUGGUACCAAAUGUAGCCACCGGAACACCGAUGCCUGUAUUUGUCGCUCCGAAUCAACCGCAAGUGGCUCGUCCUCCGCCCGUGCUUACCGAUGAUGAUCUGGCCCGCAUUCACGAGAUGUUCCCACAGGUCGAUAAGGAAGUCAUCAAGUCGGUCGCCGUGGCAAAUAAUCAGGAUCGAGAUGCCGUUAUCAACGCUCUGCUGCAAAUGAGCAGCUAAGCUGUGCUGUAAGCAUUUUUGCCUGGCUGAUAAGCAUACUGCGCGAUGCUCCAUUGGUGGCAACUUCCAAUAUUUUGAUGUUUAUGUUUGUAUGAAUGGAUGCUUGUAUAUUUAAUAAACGACCCUACGCUAGAUUCGCUACU